UUCCCCUUCCAUCAAUCCACACUAUCCAUCAUGUCAUCCACAACCACCACCGCCGCAGCAUCAACAACCAGCUGCGGCACAUCCGCACAAUACGAACUCCCCGUCAACGAUGCCGCCUGUGGCGUCCCCAACACCGGCAACUACAGCACUCUAAUCGGCGAGUGUGCCAAACCCGCCGGCUUCCUCUCCUACAACCAUGACUGCGCUCUGUACAGUCUCGCCAUCGACCAGUCCGUCCAGGAUCUCACGGACUGUCUUUAUAAAGCCGGUGUUGCCUGGGAGGAUGUCUGGUGUCAUGGGGAUACGAAUAGUACCGCUACGGCGACUUCGUAUCCGACUGCGACUGCCACUGCUACGAAGACAACGGAGUCGACUGCUUCGGCUUCAUCCUCGUCGUCGAGUGAUGAUGAGACAUCUGGUGCGGGUGUGAUGGUGUCGCAGAGCCAGCUUACAGUGAAGUCGGUUCUUGCGCUUUCGGCUGUGCUUGCGUUUGGUGCUUUUUCUGCGAUUUAGAUGAGGAAUUGCCUACUGUGCAUUAUUUGGGGUGUACCGAGAUCAGGGAGGGUGUAAAUGUAUAAUAUAUUGAUAACGUGUUCUUGCUUCUAUACUAUUUCCAUUAGCAG